UAAAGAGGAAAUAUCAAUAUAGUUAUGUUGACAUGGAAUGAGAUAUCAAAGUUCUUAUAUUGAAAAAAUUAAUAUAAAUAUUUAAAUAAUGAGAGUAUUGGAAUUGUACAGUGGUAUUGGUGGAAUGCAUUAUGCCCUUCAAGAAAGUGGUAUCAAAGGUGACAUUGUUGCAGCAGUUGAUAUAAAUACUGUUGCAAAUAAUAUAUAUAAAUAUAAUUUUCCAAAUGUAUUACUUUUGAAUUGUAAUAUUCAAUCACUUUCUGCACAAGAGAUAAAUAAUUUAAAUAUAGAUACUAUAUUAAUGAGUCCUCCAUGUCAACCUUACACCAGAAUAGGACUUCAGAAAGAUAUGUUGGAUAACAGAUCUUCUUCAUUGCUUCAUGUUCUUUCAUUGAUUCCUCAAAUAAAAACAUUAAAAUAUAUUCUCCUUGAAAAUGUAAAAGGAUUUGAAAAGUCUGAAAUGAGAAAUGCUAUAUUAAAAUGCAUAAAUACUAAUGGAUUUAAUUAUAAAGAAUUAAUUCUAAGCCCUUGUCAAUUUGGUAUUCCAAAUACCAGAUAUAGAUAUUAUUUAUUAGCAAAAAAAAAUAAUCUUGAAUUUUGCUUUGAUCAAUCUAUAUUAAAUUUUGAAUUAUCAGAUUCUAUUUUAAAAAUUCUUCCUAAAAGUAAAUAUAAUUUAUUAGCAGAAAAAAGCUAUACUCAAAAUUCUAAAACAGAUAAAAAUUGUUAUACAUUGGAAAAUAUUCUAGAGCAUGUUGAAGGAUCACAGUAUUUAAUUCCUAAAAAAUUGUUGGAAAAAAGAGUUUGGUUAAUGGACAUACGAACAUCACAAAGUAAUGGUUCUUGUUGCUUUACAAAAGCUUAUAGCCACUAUGUAGAAGGGACAGGUUCUGUAUAUUGUCCAUAUUCAGAAAAAACAAUUAAAGAAGCAUUUUCAGAAGCAAAUAAGUAUGAAAGACAAUCAUUAGAAGUAUCAAAAAUUCUGGAAAAAUUAAUGUUACGUUAUUUUACACCUAGAGAAAUAUCUAGAUUAAUGUGUUUUCCUGAAGAAUUCACAUUUCCAGAAUAUAUAACAGAUAAACAAAAAUAUAGACUAUUGGGAAAUUCAAUUAACAUAUAUGUGGUUAGUAGAUUAAUAUUUUUAUUAUAUACUGAGAGGAAGAUUACAUAAUAUAUUUAUAUAAAUAUAUCUCAUAUAUGUUUCUAAUUAAAAAAAAAUAUUUUUUUAUAUUUUAAAACAGAAUUAAAAAAUCUUGAUAAUUUAAAAAUAUUUAUAAAAAAAUUAAACAUUAGAUAAAUAAAUGCUAUAUAGUAUAUUUAAUCUUCAAUAUAAAUACAAAUCAUUUAUAAUUAUUGUAAUUGAUUGCAAAUAUUGCAAUCUAGCAUUUACAAUUUUAUAGUUAAUUAUAUAUUUUAUAUAAUUCUUAUAUUUCAUUUUCAACUUUGAUCAAUUCUUAGAAAUAAUAUAUUUAGUAAAUAAUUGUUCAAUAUCUUUAUUAUUUCAAUACAAAAUUUUAAAAUACUUAAAUAAAUAUUUUACAUAGUUUCUAAUUCAGGUGGAAUGUGAAUCUUCUUUUCUAAAGCAAAUUUUUUUAAUGCUUGAUAUUUAGAAUGCCAAGAUUCAAUUUCUUCUCUCAUAUGAUUAUUGUCUUCCUGCAUAGCUUCCAUAUCACGAUAUUCUUGUGUUUUCUCUGAUUCUAAUUCAUCUUUUUGCUCAAUUCUUUUGAUACGACAACUAGCUGCAUAUCCUCUGUUUUUUAAUGUUCGUCUACGUUGCUUCAUACGUACUAUUUCUUCUCUAGAUAGUCCACGCAAUUUCAGCUGCCUGUUUAAAUCUCUUACUGAUAUAGUUACUAGUUCAUCAUCGCUAAUGUCUAAACAAGGUCCAGGUGAUAGAGGAUCCUAUAUAAAAAUUGAUCAUAUCUUUUUAUUAAUUAUGUAAAAUAAGAAAUAAAAAAAUUUUUUACAUUUUUA